AUGACGACAAACAAGGAUAUCGGUUGGAAAUAUGCUAUUAAAGUGGAUGGGGAGAGAAGCACUGAAUGCAAAUUUUGCCAUCACAGAUCAAAUGGGGGCAUUACUCGUGUAAAAGAACAUUUAGAACAAACCCUGAAAGGUGUUGCACCUUGUGAUAAGGUUCCAGUUGAGGUGAGCAAGGAAAUUAGAGACAGUCUUCAAACUUUCAAGACUCUAAAAAACAAGAGGAAUGAAUUGCUAUGGGAGAUUGGUGCGGUUCCAACGGGCAGUAGAUUGUCUCAAUCUAUUUCUGAUACGGACGGUUUUUCACAAGGAGGAAGUAAUAGCCAUUCUAAAGGCACCGGCACAUUGGACAAGUUUGUCCUUUCCGAACCGAGACAGACAACUAUAAAUUCAGCAUACAAAAAAGAAUUAAAAAAACAGAUUGAUCGUUGUGUUGCUCGUUUUGUGUACUCUGCGAGACUUUCCUUCAAUGUCGUCAACGAUCCUCAUUGUUUACCGUUGAUCGAGGGAAUUGGGGAAUAUGGUAAAGGGUACAAACCGCCUUCCAUGCAUGAACUAAGAACGCGAUUGCUUAAAUCCGAGGAAGUUAAAGAUGAAUUAUAUGCGUGCAUGGACCAAAUGUUAUCGCCCGACGAUCGUCUUCAAGUCGAUAUUCAAUUGGAUUUUUAUGACAAUGCACAAGGAGAAUUUGGAAGUCCAAUUGCUAAGAAGUCUAGAAUGUUGCGUUCUCCAGAAGAUCCCGCCCUCCCGAAUAAUACUACUUGGCUUGUUGAUGAUGAGUUGUUUGAAGGGGAUCCUAUUGUUAGUAUGCCAUCGGAAACCUUUUUUGAUAGCCUUAUGGAUUCGGAUAAGCGAGUUGAAAAUGAAGAUCAAAAUCAUUCUCCAAUUAUGAAGAAGAAAAGAGUCGGUGAAAGCUCAACGAAUAUUGAGCUGUUACUGAGGUAUGAGGUGGUCGAGUCCCCGACCAUGCCCAUUUGA